GUCCCUCUGCCUGUCCACUCAUCCCGGCUGGUGUGUAGGCUCUGUGCUUUGGGUUCCUGUCCUGUGUCCAGUCCCAUCACUCUGCCCCAAGAUGGGUCGCGGGGCUGGACGUGAGUACUCACCCGCCACCACGGCAGAGAAUGGUGGUGGGAAGAAGAAACAAAAGGAGAAGGAGCUGGAUGAGCUGAAGAAGGAAGUGGUGAUGGACGACCACAAGCUGUCCCUGGAUGAGCUGGGCCGCAAAUACCAAGUGGACCUGUCCAAGGGUCUCACAAACCAACGUGCACAGGAAAUCCUGGCUCGGGAUGGGCCCAACGCCCUCACACCGCCACCCACCACCCCCGAGUGGGUGAAGUUCUGCCGUCAGCUCUUUGGUGGCUUCUCCAUCCUGCUGUGGAUUGGCGCCAUCCUCUGUUUCCUAGCCUACGGCAUCCAGGCCGCCAUGGAGGACGAGCCCUCGAACGACAAUCUGUACCUGGGCGUAGUGCUGGCUGCCGUAGUCAUCGUCACUGGCUGCUUCUCCUACUACCAGGAGGCCAAGAGCUCCAAGAUCAUGGACUCAUUCAAGAACAUGGUGCCACAACAAGCGCUGGUGGUGCGGGAGGGAGAGAAGAUGCAAAUCAACGCAGAGGAAGUGGUGGUGGGCGAUCUGGUGGAGGUGAAGGGUGGAGACCGAGUCCCUGCUGACCUCCGCAUUAUCUCUUCCCAUGGCUGCAAGGUGGACAACUCAUCCCUGACAGGCGAGUCAGAACCCCAGACCCGUUCUCCCGAGUUCACGCAUGAGAACCCUCUGGAGACCCGCAACAUCUGCUUCUUCUCCACCAACUGCGUGGAAGGUACUGCCAGGGGCAUUGUGGUUGCCACAGGUGACCGCACAGUAAUGGGUCGCAUCGCCACGCUGGCUUCAGGCCUGGAGGUGGGCAGGACACCCAUUGCCAUGGAGAUUGAGCACUUCAUCCAGCUCAUCACUGGUGUGGCCGUCUUCCUGGGCGUCUCCUUCUUCAUCCUCUCCCUCAUUCUUGGCUACAGUUGGCUGGAGGCCGUUAUCUUCCUUAUUGGCAUCAUUGUGGCCAAUGUGCCUGAAGGACUCCUGGCCACAGUCACCGUGUGUCUGACACUGACCGCCAAGCGCAUGGCCCGAAAGAACUGCCUGGUGAAGAACCUGGAGGCGGUGGAGACUCUGGGCUCCACGUCCACCAUCUGCUCUGACAAGACGGGCACCCUCACCCAGAACCGCAUGACCGUGGCUCACAUGUGGUUCGACAACCAGAUCCAUGAGGCUGAUACGACGGAGGACCAGUCGGGGGCCACCUUUGACAAGCGCUCACCCACUUGGACUGCCCUGUCCCGCAUUGCGGGGCUCUGCAACCGUGCUGUCUUCAAGGCAGGCCAGGAGAACAUCUCUGUGUCCAAACGAGACACAGCCGGCGAUGCUUCCGAGUCUGCGCUGCUCAAGUGCAUUGAGCUCUCCUGCGGCUCUGUGCGCAAAAUGAGGGAGCGGAACCCCAAAGUGGCCGAGAUCCCCUUCAACUCCACCAAUAAGUACCAGCUGUCCAUCCACGAGCGUGAAGACAGCCCCCAGAGCUACGUGCUGGUGAUGAAGGGUGCCCCAGAGCGCAUCCUGGACCGAUGCUCCACCAUCCUGGUCCAGGGCAAAGAACUGCCCCUGGACAAGGAGAUGCAGGAUGCCUUCCAGAAUGCUUAUAUGGAGCUGGGCGGCCUGGGCGAGCGUGUGCUGGGGUUCUGCAUGUUGAACCUACCUUCUGGAAAGUUCCCUCGGGGCUUCAAGUUUGACACAGAUGAGCUUAACUUCCCCACAGAGAAGUUGUGCUUUGUGGGCCUCAUGUCCAUGAUCGACCCUCCCCGGGCAGCCGUGCCCGAUGCUGUGGGCAAAUGUCGCAGUGCAGGCAUCAAGGUGAUCAUGGUGACUGGUGACCACCCCAUCACAGCCAAGGCCAUUGCCAAAGGUGUGGGCAUCAUCUCCGAGGGCAACGAGACAGUGGAGGACAUUGCGGCCAGGCUCAACAUCCCUGUGAGCCAGGUUAACCCCAGAGAGGCCAAGGCCUGUGUGGUCCACGGCUCCGACCUGAAGGACAUGGACUCCACGCAGCUGGACGAGAUCCUGCGCAACCACACAGAAAUCGUCUUUGCCCGCACGUCCCCACAGCAGAAGCUCAUCAUCGUGGAGGGCUGCCAGCGGCAGGGGGCCAUCGUGGCCGUGACGGGCGACGGUGUGAACGACUCCCCUGCACUGAAAAAAGCCGACAUUGGCAUCGCCAUGGGCAUCUCGGGAUCAGACGUGUCCAAGCAGGCAGCUGAUAUGAUCUUGCUGGAUGACAACUUUGCGUCCAUCGUCACAGGAGUGGAAGAGGGUCGCCUCAUCUUUGACAAUUUAAAGAAGUCCAUUGCGUACACGCUGACCAGCAACAUCCCUGAGAUCACCCCGUUCCUGCUCUUCAUCAUCGCCAACAUCCCACUGCCACUUGGCACCGUCACCAUCCUCUGCAUUGAUCUGGGCACAGACAUGGUCCCGGCCAUCUCCUUGGCCUAUGAGGCAGCUGAGAGUGACAUCAUGAAGCGGCAGCCUCGGAACCCACAGACUGACAAGCUAGUGAAUGAGCGACUCAUUUCCAUGGCCUAUGGACAAAUCGGGAUGAUCCAGGCACUGGGCGGCUUCUUCACCUACUUCGUGAUCCUGGCUGAGAAUGGCUUCUUGCCGUCCCGGCUGCUGGGCAUCCGGCUGGACUGGGAUGACCGCUCCACCAAUGACCUGGAGGACAGCUACGGGCAGGAGUGGACCUACGAGCAGCGGAAGGUGGUGGAGUUCACCUGCCACACAGCCUUCUUUGCCAGCAUCGUGGUGGUGCAAUGGGCCGACCUCAUCAUCUGCAAGACGCGCCGCAACUCUGUGUUCCAGCAGGGCAUGAGGAACAAGAUCCUGAUCUUCGGGCUCUUAGAAGAGACGGCACUGGCAGCUUUCCUGUCCUACUGCCCAGGCAUGGGCGUGGCUCUGCGCAUGUACCCACUCAAGGUCACAUGGUGGUUCUGCGCAGUCCCCUACAGCCUCCUCAUCUUCAUCUAUGAUGAGGUCCGAAAACUCAUCCUGCGUCGUUACCCGGGAGGCUGGGUGGAGAAGGAGACGUACUACUGAGUGGCCCACGGAGGAGAACUGCAGGGACAUGGGACAAGGGGGUGGGAGGGAUACAGGGAGGUUUGGGGUAGGCCUAGGGGGAGAUGCUUGGCCCUGACCUGCUGACCUCAUACCCAGAUUGGGCCCUUCCCACAACCUCCCCUCUCUACCAGGGCCCCUCCAGCCCCCAGCCUGCAGCCUUGUCCUGAAUAGAUGGAUGCAGAGAAAUCCCAAAUCCUGGGGUUCCCCCAUACAUCCCCUUCCACCCACUUCAGUCCCGAGGCUGCAGUGCAUCCUGGCCUGGCCAAGCCUGAGUCCACAAAGUUUCAGGCCUGCUGGGGGUCUGCAGCCAGAGACAAGAACACUGGAGGGGAGUCCAGACAUGUUCAGUGUCUACAGAGGAGCUGCUCACAGCUCUGGAUUCUCCCAAGGGCACCAGCCGGACAUGGUCAUCCGCCCUCUGGGAGUUCCCUUUUCCAGGUGGAGACCUGCUGAGCUCAGCCCAGAUUGGUACCUGUUUG